AUGACCCCUCUAUCAUACAGCUUCUUCCAAACACUUUUUCGCAACCCGCAGAUCCAGGUCAAUCUUCAAGACCAAGAAUCGGGCUAUACUGCUCUGCAUCGUGCACUUUUCUCGGGCAAUAUCAAAGCUGCUCGUGACCUUUUAAUGAGGAACGAUAUCGAUACGAGUCUGAAGGAUACAGAAGGGAUGACUGCGUACGAUCUGUAUAAUGGAACUGUCAACGGCACGAAUCCGUCCCAGGAUAAUGAUGGAACGGAUCUGUUUGUGUGGGGUGUCAACCGCAACUUUGCUCUUGGUACAGGCGACACUACAGACAAGGUAUUCCCAGAUCCUGUACAUCUUCUCACCCAAGCUCAAGCCGCUGGUCGUGAAGAACCGUCACGAAAGUUUGAGCUCGUGGGGGUCAAAGACGUCGUCAUGUGUAAAUUUCACACAGGCGUCAUCACCACAGAGUCCCAAGGAAAUCUGAGCCUGUGUGGGUUUGGUGCAAACGGGCGAUUGGGCCGUUCGGUGCACUCCCAACUGGCCCUCACGCCCAUACCUGACUUUCAAGCUACGAUAGUUCGGAUUGCCCUUGGCCAAGAUCAUACGUUAGCCCUCACCAGUGGGGGCUAUAUCUUGUCAUGGGGUAUGAACCGAUUCUCUCAGCUAGGGUACGUGAUCGAGGCUGUCGAAAGAUUCGGCAGAGACGGAGACGACUCGGUGCAGGUCUCCCCAAAGAGAAUUGUCGGUCCUCUGAAGAAGGAAUUUGUCAAGGGAGUAGCGGCGGGCCGAAUGGCAAGCGCUUGCUGGACUCAUGAUGCUCUUUGGACCUGGGGUACCAAUGUAGGGCAAUUGGGGUACGAUAAAGCCUCAAAUCCCGUUCAAGUCAACCCCCGAAAAGUGACUUCUAUGACACAGCCAGUCGCUGAUGUGGUAUUCUCCGACUAUGCCAUGGUCUGUCUUCUAGAGUCUUCUGAAGUCAUCUGUUUCCACGGGGAUACAAACUUCAAGAUAUCAUUCUCAAUACCCCGGCUUCUACCAGAAGCGUUUCCGUUCAGACCGCCACAAACCACCUUGAAGCCCACAAUCACAAAGGUGACGAGUAGCUGUGUGGGAUUCGCUGCGCUAUCCUCCAUUGGAGACGUCUUUACAUUUUCACUACCAAAUCCUUUGGAGGAUUUGAGCAAGGACGGAAAGCAUGUGACGGUCAAGCCGCAGGUUGUCUGGGGCUUGAGGAAGAACUUCACGGCUGUCAGAGAUGUGGCAAUUGGCUCUGAUGGCACUGUCAUUGUCUGCACUCAUUCAGGCCACGUCUACGUCAGACAGCGGCUCAAGUCGGGUUCAGGACAAUUGAAGUUCCGGCGCAUACCGUAUCUACAGCGGAUCAUCAAGGUGGCCACCAACGAAUCUGGCGCUUUCGGUGCGGUGCGCGUAGAUGCCCGACCCAUACCUAUCAAGGUGGUUGGGAAUGUCCUCGAGGACGACCUGGGCCAACUACAGCCUCAUUUCGCCAGGCUUAGCAACCAAAUGACGGCCGAGGACUUCGAGAGGAUGGAAGGUGUCAGAUUAAGAGGGAUGCCUUUGGAAGAAGAGGACGAGGAUGAAGACGAGAGCGCAAACUCGGUCAACAGAGACACAUCCCUGGCUCUCAAAAUGUGCACGAUAUUGGACAGAUGGAGGACCAGCGAUGUCGAUUCGUUAUUUGCUUGGAGUGAACCACUGUUCAGUAGCGAUUGCCAUCUUGUCAUACAAGGGUUGGCAAUCCCUGCUCAUAGCGUCAUGCUCUCCCUCAGAGCUCCAAAAAUAGCUCGACUUCUCGCUGGGCAAUAUCAAAGCCCUUACUUGUCUUUGAGCGUGUACGGAUCUACGCCUGCGAUUGUCCUUGACGCUUGCCACCCACUUGUCGGACUUUUGCUCUUACACUAUCUCUACGCAGAUGAAGUGGUGGCACUCUGGGAUGCUCGGGUUGCCCGAAUCAUCCAAGCCAAGUAUACCAGCAAGCCUAUCCCCAUUGCUGGUAUAAAGAACGAUCUCAAGGCUCUUGCAGAAGAGCUCGACCUCAAGCCCUUCGAAUCAGUCUUGACCUAUGCUGCAAAGCAACCCUUGUCACAGCGGACCCUUUCCGCCAACCUCAGUUCAUUCUUCUCCCAUACCUCUACUAUUCCAUCAUCCCUCGACUCCCCGUGCGAUGUUCGAAUCAUUCUCGCCGACAAAGAGGUAUCGUGUGCCAGUGUCAUUUUGCGCUCAAGAUGUCCCUUCUUCGAGGCAAUGUUCGGAGAUCGAGAUUGGACAUCUGGACGAAAGAACAGAGAGGGCUCCGUGACUGUUAAUAUGAAGCACUUGAAAUGGACGUCAAUGAAGCUGGUGUUUAGGUGGAUAUAUGAAGGGGUAGAGGACGGCUUGUUCGAUUAUCUUCAUCAAGAUACUCUUGAUGGCUUCCUGGAUUUUGUUUUCGAGGUCCUCGCUACAGCUACUGAGCUCUUGCUCGAUCGGCUUGUUCUCGUUUGCUCGCGAGUCAUAAUUCAACACUGCAAUACGUUGAACGCUGCUUCAUUAGCUUGCGAGGCUGCCUUCUAUCAGGCUACGGUCCUCAAACACAGCAUUUUUGCCUACAUUACCUCAUGCCUCGAGACUUUGCUCGAAUCGGGCCUCCUCGACGAAAUGGACGGCCAGACAUUGCAAGAAUUGACGGAUUGGAUCAUCCAUAAUCAGGAAGCGAAGACACCCGUGCCCAGGAAGGGUCUGCUGGUCAAAGAUGCCCUGAGCAAACACAGGGAAUGGCUUCUGCAGCAAGAUAUCCCUGCACCUGUUCUCAAACGACCUGGUUCCGUCAAAUGGAGGCUCAAAGCCGCUGCCCUUUCGCCCGUUGAUCUAAUUUCGUCUAACAGCACGCCCAAGGGCAAGGAGACUCCCAAGCGGAAACCACCGCCUUCGCCUCUGUUCAGCCCAGAGGCAGGUCCAGAGGGAGUUUCGUCGGUUGACGGUAUAUUCCAAAUGGACGAUGACUUGCCCACGCCUCCUUCUACUGCUUUCGAUGCCCAGACUUCAAAGGGGUCAAGGGCCAUGACCCCAUUGAACCUUGGGGUGCCUGCUGCCUCGUCAAAGGGCGCGAUAUGGAAGUCGAGGACGGUAGAGACGGAGAAGGCAGACCUUCGAAGCAUCAUGGCCGAGACUGCUGCUACCAAGCCGUCUGCCAAGACCCCUUCCAUGCCUCUCACUCCUGGUCCUUCGGCAGCGAAAGCAACAUUCCCGUCCCUUGGUUCUGGAGCCUUGACCCCAAGCAAGCCAAUGGCAAUCAGGGGAUAUCCCAGUAGUGGUGGGCCAUGGAGGGCUCAGGAGGCGAGGAAAACAUCGUUCACGGCAUUACAAGGCCAGCAGCAGGCAGGGGCAGCUACCGGAAUAUCACCUUCUGCUUCUACAAACGUCAGCAGGGGCAUUGGUUCGCAAGCUGUACCUGUGCCUCAGCGCUCUGGGUCACAUCAUAUCAUUACCCCUGUUAAACUCCAGACUCCACCUUCUGGAUCGCAACCACGUAAAACCAAGCUCAAUGCCAACGCUUCGGCAUGGUCUACGCCCGCCACCUUUGCUCCUCCGCCUGUGCCAUCUGUGUCGUCUGCUACACAGGGAAUGUCUCUUAUCGCCAUUCAGCACCAAGAGCUGCAAGCUGCAGAAGCAACUGCGAAAUUGCCUACAAAAACCCUGCGAGAGAUCCAAGAGGAGGAACGGAUCAGGGAACAAGAGAAGGCUCAAGAGGAGGACUUUUUGAAAUGGUGGCAGGAGGAAGAAGCAAGGGUUGCCAGGGAGAGUGGCUCUGGAGGCGCUCAAUCGUCAUUGCCAAGCAUGGGAGGGCGCGGGGGGCGAGAGCGAGGAAGAGGUGGAAGAGGUGGGAAAUCAAAAGGCGGCAGAGGCGGCGGGCAGGGGAGUCAGGGAGGGAGAGGUCAAGAAGUCUCCAGAUCUGGACCAGAUGGGCCAGCGGGGCCAGGGAGUAGUGCCGGCAAGGGCGGCAGGCCUCCCAGAGCCCCUCAAGCUUCAAAAGCGCCGGGCAGUAGUAGUCAGAAAGGUCAUAAUCAGGUCAAGGAAACUAGAGCUUAG